AUGCUCUGGGAAUCGAUCCGCGAUCGAUAUAAAAAGGCUACGCGAAUUCCUCAACAAUUGUCUCCCAUAAUAGAACUCGUUUCAUCCCUCAGUCUUCUUCAAAAUGCGUCAAGUGGCUCUUAUACGUGUAUCCUUGGAUGUCUUAUCCCAGAAGAAUUGUUAUUUACCUUCGAAGAGAAAGGAAUCCCAUCGUCUAAUGUAACCAUUGUACCGGUCACAGAUCCCCAAUUAGGCAAUCAUGUCGACUCAAAAUUCCCUGCAAAGCCACCUGGGAGCUUGCCCAUCCUCGCCAUUCCGCAGUACAAUCAUGGUGCCAAUGUCAUAUACAUUCGCCAAUCGUUGGCUAUCAUGAGUUACCUAAACGAGCUAUGCGACAAUGGCGCUGAAGGAUUCCCAGACUCUCGUUAUUCCAUGCGUGGAGCCGAUGCUCUCGAACAUGCGCACAUCAACGGCGUAAUCGCCUUAGCGGAUGAGUGCACCACUCAAUGGAAUGCCAUACGUCUCUUCAGUACUGGUGCAGGGCCUUUUCCUCUACCAGACGCAUCAAAUGAGAUGUUGCGUUGGGUUCGACGCUCACUCAUGACAAUCGAAGCGGCGUACAAUGAUCGCGACCUGGCGCCACUAAUACAGAGUGAGACGGAUGAGUCUGCCACUAACAAUAGCGUGAACCUACCAGACGUUGUACUGUAUCAGUUCCUCGAGUUUACCGUCGACUGCUAUGGCGUGGAUAUGACUCAGAGAUCGGGAAAGGUAGUAAAGGACGUUUAUGGGCGGGAUGUCUUGGAAAAGUUCCCAAAGCUAGUAGAGUUUUACAACGCAUUUAAGACUCGGAUAAGUGUUAUCAGAGACGCUGAGCAGGGAGAGGUACCGCCUUCCACAGUUUUGGAGAAAAUGAAGAAUUGGCAUAAAGAGAGCCCCUAA